GACCUAGUGGUAUUUUCUGGAUCAUUGGAAGUUAAGUACAUGUCUAGUGGAUGUGAAGGUUAUGAGGUGGACGCUUAUUUAAAAAAACAAAACAAAACUUUUUUUUUUUUUAAACCUGUGACAGCCGGAAACUUGCACCUGGGAGCCCCGCCCCUCCCGGAAGACCUGUAGACAGUUGAGUUUAUGGUGGUUGGAGAAGGGAGAGAGAUUUUCUUCAGUGGUGUAGCCUUGCUUUAAGCUAUUAGACUUAAUUAUGAGUGAUCAAAUCAAAUUCAUCGUGGAUUGUCUUAAUAAGGACCCUUUUAAGAAGAACUAUAAUUUAAUCACAUUUGAUUCCCUGGAACCAAUGCAACUACUACAAAUUCUCAAUGAUGUUCUGGCUGAGAUUGACCCAAAGCAAGUUGUUGAUAUCAGAGAGGAGAUGCCAGAACAGACAGCCAAACGAAUGUUGAGCCUUCUCGGUAUCCUUAAAUACAAACCUCCAGGAAAUGCUACGGACAUGAGUACGUUUCGCCAGGGUUUGGUGAUUGGAAGUAAGCCUGUAAUUUACCCAGUGCUCCACUGGCUUCUUCAGAGGAGUAAUGAACUGAAGAAAAGGGCAUACCUUGCUCGUUUUUUAAUAAAGCUUGAGGUACCAAGUGAGUUUCUUCAGGAUGAAACUGUGGCUGAUACCAAUAAACAGUAUGAAGAGCUGAUGGAAACCUUUAAAACAUUGCAUAAGGAAUGUGAGCAUCUCAAGACAUCUGGAUUUUCUACAGCAGAAAUAAGAAGGGAUAUCAGUGCAAUGGAAGAAGAAAAGGAUCAGCUCAUUAAAAGAGUUGAACGCUUAAAGAAAAGGGUGGAGACAGUUCAAAAUCAUCAGCGAAUGCUUAAAAUAGCAAGGCAACUUCGAGUUGAAAAAGAGAGAGAAGAAUUUCUUGCACAACAAAAACAGGAGCAAAAGAAUCAGCUGUUCCAUGCAGUGCAAAGAUUGCAAAGAGUGCAAAACCAGCUGAAAAGUAUGCGCCAUGCCACAGCAGAUACAAAGCCUGAAAGUUUAUUGAAGAGACUAGAGGAGGAGAUAAAAUUUAAUUCAUAUAUGGUAACUGAAAAGUUUCCCAAAGAAUUAGAGAACAAGAAAAAGGAAUUGCAUUUUUUACAAAAAGUAGUUUCGGAACCUGCCAUGGGCCAUUCUGAUCUUCUUGAACUUGAAACUAAAAUCAAUGAAAUAAACUCAGAGAUCAGUCAGUUGACUGAAAAGAAAAUGAUGAGAAAUGAGCCAAUUAAAGUCAAGCUGUCACUGUACAGGCAACAGGCAUCCAUCAUCUCUCGUAAAAAAGAAGCCAAAGCUGAAGAACUCCAGGAAGCCAAGGAGAAGUUAGCCAGCCUAGAGAGAGAAGUGUCAACAAAGACAAAUCAGACCCGAGAAUUUGAUGGCACUGAGGUUUUGAAGGGCGACGAAUUUAAGCGAUAUGUCAGUAAACUUCGAAGCAAGAAUACAGUUUUCAAAAAGAAGCAUCAGAUAAUAUCUGAAUUUAAAGCAGAAUUUGGUCUCUUGCAGAGAACAGAAGAACUUCUUAAGCAACGUCAGGAAACUAUUCAACAUCAACUGCAAACUAUUGAAGAGAAACAGGGUGUAUCUGGAUAUAGCUACACCCAAGAAGAGCUAGAAAGGGUGUCAGCACUGAAGAGUGAAGUUGAUGAAAUAAAAGGACGGACAUUAGAUGACAUGUCUGAAAUGGUAAAAAAACUGAAUUCUCUGAUAUCAGAAAAGAAGUCAGCUCUAGGCCCAGUUAUAAAAGAAUUACGACAGUUGCGUCAGAAAUAUCAAGAAUUAACCCAGGAAUGUGAUGAAAAGAAAUCACAGUAUGAUAGCUGUGCAGCAGGCCUCGAAAGCAAUAGGUCAAAAUUAGAACAGGAAGUUAGAGGACUCCGUGAAGAAUGUCUUCAAGAAGAGAGUAAAUAUCAUUAUACAAAUUGUAUGAUUAAGAUCCUGGAAGUUCAGCUUCGUCGUGCUACUGAUGAGAUGAAGGCGUAUGUUUCUUCUGACCAACAAGAAAAAAGGAAAGCAAUUAGGGAACAGUAUACAAAAAACAUUACUGAACAAGAAAACCUUGGAAAGAAACUCCGGGAAAAACAAAAGGCUGUACGAGAAAGUCACGGUCCAAAUAUGAAACAAGCAAAAAUGUGGCAUGAUUUAGAACAAUUGAUGGAAUGUAAAAAACAGUGCUUUCUGAAACUGCAAAGCCAAAUUUCCAUUGGUCAGGUAAUUCAAGAGGAUGGAGAGGACCGGCUGGUACUCUGAAUCUCUGUCAUCAGCUGGGGUUGAGUUGAUGUAGCUAGCUGUAAUCACAGCCCCAUAGUGUAGUUCCUUUCUUGAAAGUGAUUUGUAUAACCUUGCUAUUUCAGAUUAGCCAUUCUUCAAAAUGUUUUCUUGGACAAUAAAGUUGAAACUAGUCUAAGAAGUUUACUCAGGGGAGCACUUAAUACAUGCAUGAGGGCCUGAGACCACCUGGGUUCCCCAGGGGCUCACAUAAAGAGCUGGAUGCAGUCUGUAACCCUAGUCCCAUAGGGAGAAGAAACAGGAGAAUCACUGGGGCUAGGGAAAACCACAGCUCUCCUCAGAGAGAGGUUCCAUCUAAAGAAAAUAUUGUGGAGCCGGGUAUGGUGCAUGCCUUUAAUCCAGCACUUGGGAGGCAGAAGUAGGAGGAUCACCAAGAGUCCAAGACCACCCUGAGACUGCAUAGUGAAUUCCAGGUCAGCCUGGGCGAGAGUGAAA